AUGGCUGAUGCAAAGAGGAGCGACAUGCAAGCAUCUGAUCCCACAUCAAAGCCACUUCCAAAUCAGAUGCAACCAUCCGAAGCUAUCAGUCCUGAAGUCUAUCCCCCUCAGAGCCACCAUCAACCCGUUACGUCCCGUGUGCUCCAUCUCCAUCACGAUGGUAGUCCUUUUUCCAAGAGCAAGACUGUCUACGAUGUGGAUGAGAAGAUACCCCUCUACGCCAUUGAUCUGCACAGAUUUGAGAAGCCACAGAUAGUCAUACGCUCCGCAGCUACCAGUAAAACAAUUGGCGAAGUCACUUUCACCAUGCUUCCACGCAAAGUGACCAUCGCUAUGCAAGGGGUCUCCUUUGAGCUCAAAUCUCGUGGAAUGUUCAAGAGCGGCUACACAUACACAUCUCCAGCUGCUCAAAGUAAGAUGUUGACAUGGGAAAAAGAGUCAUUGGGAAGUGCAGAUCUUGUUUGCACGGACGACAAGGGCCUCGCGGUAGCCCGACUGGAUGUUAGCAUGUUCAGUCGCAGUAAGAGAGCGAAGCUAGAGCUGGUGGGGGCUACCGAUGGGCCUCUCAUGGAAGAGCUGCUUGUGACCGCCUUCGCGUACAGCGAGCUGAGGAGACGGAGAAGGAAUAGUAGCAGUGGUGGGGCUGGUGGUGCUGCUGGUGUCUAG